CACUUUUCUCAUUCACACUGGAAAUUAAACAGAAACAGAUCAAUUAGAUUUUUACUCGAAUUUUUAAUUGACAAUUACAUUUUUUGACUGAAGAUGAUUAAACAACAAGACUGGAUAUAGUGGAUUUAAGAAGGCUGUUUAAUCUCUUCUUUAUUUGACGCAUGUUUUACCAGCAACUGGACUAAACAGUGGAAAUUCUUAUUGGACGGACUUCACUUUGUAAACUGGAUUUAAAAAUGGGUCCCGGAGGGAAAGAAGAUGAAAGAGAAACCGGAGGAAGAAAACAUUUCCAACUUGUCACGUUUUUCUUUUUGCUGACUAUCAGCAGUUUGCUUGCUCCAAUCUCGGGAUUUGCACUGAAGACUUGCCGAAUCAGUUACAACAUUGCCAAAUGUGACAAGAUGGGACUCACAGCUGCUCCUCGAGAUAUUCCCUCAGCAGUGAAAGGUUUUGACUUGUCUGAAAACAAGAUUUUAAGAGUACUUGUGUCAGAUUUUGAAAAUCUGCCAGGUUUGACUCAGUUGGACCUCAAUCGCAACUUAAUUUCGCAGAUAGACGACGGAGCCUUUGCCAAUCUGAUUUUCCUCAAGAAGUUAAAUCUAAAUAAUAAUAAACUUGUGACUCUGGGAGAGAAUCUUUUUCAUGGUCUGAGCAACCUCACCGAGCUCAGAAUCAUGAGUAAUGGCAUCAAAGCUGUGACCCUGACGUCUUUCAAGCCCAUGAAUAGCUUAAAGUUUCUGGACUUCUCUCACAACAAACUGAAACACAUCACGAAAGUCAGAUCAAUAAUACAGCAUCUUCCAAAUCUGCGUGAACUGUUUCUUAAAAAAAAUGAUUUCACCACUUUUCACUCAGAGGAACUGACGAACAGCUCAUUACAACUUAAAGCCCUCGACUUGUCCCAGAAUCCAAUCACAGAUUUUCAGAUCACUGCAAACGUUUUUCCAAAUCUUACUUGGCUUAACAUCGGAGGAGCUCCUGGAAAGACUCCAGUGAUCUUGGGCGUGCGUAACAAGACUUUCUUUAGUCGAGUGUCUACUCUUGAUAUUACUGGGCUUCGAAUGACUCUUGUUGACAUUAGAACAUUACUGGGGACGGUAAACUCCUCACUAUCAUCUCUAAGGAUGAAUGCUAUGAAAAACAAUAUCACAGCGCUAACUCACAUUUCCUGCACCAUCCCAACACUGUCCACGCUGCAGCUCCGCCACAACAAACUCACUUAUGUCAGUUCAGAUUUGUUUAAGUUGUGCUUUAAUAUAAGAGAGAUAGAUUUAACAGAUAAUAAGAUCAAAAAAAUCCGAGACGAUGCCUUCAGUUCUCUUCAGAGUCUUAAGACCUUGAGUCUGAGUCGAAACAAACUUUCAUCGGUUCCAUACGCUACAAGGACUCUACCAAGUCUUGGAGAGUUGGAUCUCAGCUUCAACAACAUAACCAAACUUGGAUGUGAUGAUUUUGCCAAUCAGACAAAGCUGAGACGACUACGCCUUUAUCAUAAUUCAAUCACAUCUCUUGCAGAAUGCGUUUUCAAGGACUUAGUACAAUUGCAAGUUCUGAAGCUACAAAACAACCACUUGUCCAAUUUAAAUGGUGCUUUCAGAGAUUGCUUGCCAAAUCUUAGACAACUGCUUUUGAAUGGAAAUCAACUCACUGCCCUUAAACAUGGAGAAUUCCGCGGCUUGCAGUCCCUCCAGAACUUGUCAUUACACGAAAAUAAAAUAUUUAACCUUGAUAAAGGUUGUUUCGUUGGAUUGACAAAUCUUACAGAUAUCCUGCUACAGAAUAAUCAGAUUAGAGAAACUGAAAUAAGCAAAGGUGUUUUCAAUGAUCUGAUAAAUUUAAGAAGAUUGGAAUUGAGGGACAAUCACAUAAAAUAUGUGAAUAAUUCAUCUUUGCCUAGUGCGCCAUUUUCUCGGCUGUCCCGUCUGGAGACAUUGGCUAUUCCUUCCCAACACGGCAAAGGGAAGUCUCAAUUGCCUCGUAACUUAUUGGAGGGUUUGACCAAUCUGUUGGUUUUCAACAUCAGGAACAUUCAACUUGCAUCCUUGCACAAAGACAUGUUUAAUGGAACGCCACAGCUGACAACACUUGACAUAAGCUCAAAUGAGCUUAUGGAUCUCUCCCCAGAUUUGUUUUCCCCGAUUCCAAAUCUUAAAAGCCUUUACGUUUCCAGAACAAAUCUUAGGUCCCUCGAUUAUCUAACAGGGGCCAACCUGACCAAGCUGGAGUUCCUGCAGGCAAGAAAGAAUGAAUUUUCAAUUAUCAGUGAAGAAAUAAUAAAGUCUGUACCAAGUCUUGUUUAUGCAGAUUUUCAAGGGAACAGUUUUACCUGUAAAUGUGAUAACGCCUGGUUCAUCAAGUGGGUAGAAUACUACAAUCAAACACAGGUUUUUGAUGCCUAUAACUUUGAGUGCAACUAUCCCCUGAACCUUAAAGGCACUAAACUCUUGCACUUCGACAUUCGGUCCUGCUCCGUAGACGCCGGAUUCCUCAUGUUUUUAUCCACCACGUGUACAACCCUCCUGUUUAUGCUGACGUCCUUCACCUACCAUUUCCUGAGGUGGCACCUGGCCUACGCGUACUACUUCUUCUUGGCUUUGCUCUUUGACACAAAGCAUAAAAACAAGCAGCCUCCUAAUCAGUACGACGCCUUCAUCUCCUACAACACUCAUGACGAACCCUGGGUCGUGAGAGAGCUGCUGCCCAAACUGGAGGGAGAACAGGGCUGGAGGUUGUGUCUGCACCAUCGAGAUUUCAUGCCAGGUAAACCCAUCGUAGAAAACAUCGUAGAUGCCAUUUAUGGAAGCAGGAAGACCAUCUGUGUGAUCAGUCGCAGAUACCUGGAGAGUGAGUGGUGCUCCAGAGAGAUGCAGGUUGCCAGUUUCCGUCUGUUUGAUGAGCAGAAGGACGUGUUGAUCCUCGUCUUCCUGGAGGACAUUCCCACCGACGAGCUGUCUCCUUACUACCGCAUGAAGAAGCUGCUGAACAAGAUGAGCUACCUGAGCUGGCCUCGAGCCGCCGAGCACACCGAGCUGUUCUGGGAGAAGCUGCGACAGGCUCUGAGGACCAGAGAGGACCAAGCAGACGAGAGCUUCCGCCUCACUGUGGUGGAUAAUCAGUGGUAAAAUGAAAACUCUCACUGGUUCAGGUUUCAAGCCACUAAGGGCUAGUUUGAGUCGUGUUGGCCUUUUAUUAGGCUCCUUUCAAACAAUAAAAAUGGAA